UUUGAAUUGGAGAAAUAAGAAAUCACUUUUGAAACGAAUUUAAAGAAAAAAAAAAAAGGAGAAGCCAUGGUGACGCGUAGUCUUUUUUUUCCUUGCCUCUUCUCAUCCACUCGAUGGAGAUGCCAAUCGCUUCUUGAUUUGGCGGUUUUACUGGAGCUCAAAGACCCACGUUUGCUACGAUUUAUGAGACUCACGCCUGCGAUCAGCGGUAAAUGCUCUCCGGAUCUUCGGUAGGACAGGGUGCGAGAAAAAAAAAUGAGAGAAAAUGAAUCAAUCCGCUUGAUCUCCUUUUCUUCACGCGUUCUCGAAAAAAAAAAGCCAUCGCCAAAGAGAUGCAUCAAGUCGCGGUGACUUUAGUUUUGUAGAGAUACUCGGUGAUAAUCGCUACACGCCCCUCGCUUCAUACAGCAGGCUUCUUUUCACCACAGCUGCAGUAUAAGAAAACAUGCGACGCGUGUCUCCAGGAUCCUUUGCCAGAGUCUUUGGCCAAUCGGAUUCCGAAACAGAUUAUCGCACCCUACCAAAUCAUGGACAUCAGACAAUGGCCACCAAAGCCACCGGCUUCCGGCGAUGCUCGCAGCUAAUAUGCCAGAGCAUAAUAUGGCAGAUCCUAUUCUUGAUAGCUUUAACUAUUAGCCUGUUCUUCUCAGCUCUGUCUGCAUCUGAGCAUAUGCGAUAUGGUCCCUCUCCUGAAUUCAGAGCACCAGCUUCUGGCGUCAUUGGGCGAGAAGUCAUUGAAGCCCUCGGCCCAGUCACUUCCAGGGAUCCCGGCGGUGAGCGGCGGCUACGAAUCUUCAUGCCAGCCGACUCGCCUCAUAUUCACCUCUGCAAAAGCGUCAUGUCAGCAGUCGCUCUGGGCUAUCCCCUGCCGACCUUGCUAAACUGGAGCGGCGAGUUCAACCACCCUGAAUGGCACUUUGCAGGAAGCCACAUCGCAAAACUUGAGAGCUUGCUUGCCGUCAUUGAAGAACUGUUAACACAGGCCGACUUGGAUGGGGGUGCAGACGAACAUGAUCUGGCUGUUCUUGUUGACGCAUAUGAUAUUUGGUUUCAACUCCCCCCCUCAGUGCUGAUUGAGCGGUAUCAUCGUCUUAAUCACGAAGCCAAUGAGAGAAUACGGCGAGAAUGGCAAGAGGCGCAGCAAAACUCAACUUCUAGUUUCCCAAUGUCUCCUCCAGAGCAAUCAAUCAUCGUUACGACCGCCAAGGAUUGCCAACCAGAUUGGGAAUCCGGCUCCGACCCCCAUUAUUCUCACUGGCCCCAAUCGCCCAUGCCAGAAGACUUGUAUGGCGACGGCACCGACCAAGUAUUGCCACUCUGGUUCGACCCAGCGCGCAAGUAUAAGAAAAUCCGCCCUCGCUGUAUCAAUAGCGGCAUGAUCAUGGGCACCAUGGGUGCACUCCGGCAGGCCCUCAAGCGCUGCAAACGCAAAAUCGAGACCGUUGCCCGCAGCGGACGACAGCUUUGGAGCGACCAGGCACUCCUUGCGGAAGUCGUUGGCGAGCAGGAGAUGUGGCGUGAGUGGAUGAGAGAACUAGAAACCACCUGGGACGGCACCGUAUCGAAAUACGACUUUUCAACUCUCAGCCCAGAAAUGCGCACCAUAGCCGCAAAGGCGCUUACAGGCGAACAAUUCGAGUUCGGUAUUGGACUCGAUUAUAACUUUACUACCAUCCCGGCGACUUGCUCCUCCGAAGAGGACGGCAGUUUCAUCAAAUUCGGCGAUGAGAACGCCAUGCGAGAAGCAUCACUCAAGGCCGGCGUGCCCAACGGCCCGCGCAUAAUCACUCUCCCCGAGGAACUACAGAAUCAAAACCAAGAAGCAGGCAUCGUCGAUAAGGGCCCUCUCUCUAACAUCCUCUGGGGCAACGUACCUCUUUACACGGACCUCUUCUUCGGUGUCACUCCAGUGGGCAUCCACCACAACGCAUACAUCAAUGGCCUCAAACCAAAACGUUUAAAACAGUGGUGGAAUAUGAUGUGGUUCUAUCCUCUGCUUCGGGAACUAGUAACCGCGCACCUGCAGAGCCUCGAGAGAGUAAGGCCACUUCUGAAUAUACCCCUCCGGCGAGAUGGGAAAACAGACGUAACGUAUUGGCCACCGGGCAUGCAGCGCCACAUCAAGCAAGUGACUGUGUUUGAGCCGGCGACAGCUGAGAAGCCGGCCAAGUUGACGCCGAUAGACUGGGACGGCGUGUGCCAGAAAGGACGCACGCCAUGGUACGAAGAAAUUUUUGGCGACGAUAACGGACCACUACAGAUUGAGCAGCUAGAGAAGAACAUUCCUAUUUAGAGCAUAGAAAGCGAAGGCAGCAUAGAACGAAGC